GAGUCUGUUAGUAGGAGCAGGAGGAGGGAGCACAGAAAGAAGGCGCCCUCUCCCCACCUCUAUCAUCCGGGUCCUGUUCCUGAGGGGGGACCCGGGGCAGGAUGACGGUGCUGCAGGAACCCGUCCAGGCUGCUAUAUGGCAAGCCCUUAACCACUAUGCUUAUCGGGAUGCUGUGUUUUUGGCAGAGAGACUGUAUGCAGAAGUACAUUCAGAAGAUGCACUCUUCCUAUUGGCCACCUGUUACUAUCGCUCAGGAAAAGCUUACAAGGCAUACAGACUCCUUAAAGGACACAGUUGUACCACCCCCCAGUGUAAAUAUUUGUUUGCCAAGUGCUGCAUUGAUCUUGGGAAAUUUGCAGAAGGAGAACUGAUUCUGUAUGGUGGAGUGUUUAGCAAACAGAAAAGUCAUGAGGAUAUUGUGACAGAGUUUGGAGAUUCUGCAUGCUUCACACUGUCCCUUCUGGGUCAUGUGUACUGUAAGACAGAUCGGCUUGCCAAAGGAUCUGAAUGUUACCAAAAGACCCUUAGUUUAAAUCCCUUCCUCUGGUCUCCUUUUGAAUCAUUAUGUGAAAUAGGUGAGAAGCCAGACCCUGACCAAACAUUCAAGUUAACUGCUGUACAUAACUUCAGCAGCUGCUUGCCUAACACAUGCACAACAGUGGUGUCUAAUCGCAGCAUAAUUCACAGCCAGCCAGAAAUAGUUCUUAUGGAAACACCACAAGACACACUUGAAUCAAACAGACUCAACCUGGAGUCCUCCAACUCUAAAUAUUCCUCCAACACAGAUUCCUCCAUCUCCUAUAUUGACUCAUCUGUAAUUUCACCAGAUGCUAUAUCUCUUGGAACUGUCUUCUUAACAAAACAGGCUCAAAACAAACCAAAAACUGGUCGGAGUUUUCUGGGUGGACCAGCUGCUCUGAGUCCUUUAACACCAAGCUUUGGAAUGUUGCCAUUAGAAACCCCUAGCCCCGGAGAUGGAUCUUAUUUACAAAACUGCACAAACUCUUCUUCUAUAAUUGAUGUGCCACCUCCAGGAGCCACUUCCAAGAAGACUGUCACCAGAAUAAAUCAAGCUGUAACAAAGACGGUCUUCUCACAAAGUGGCAAUAGCUGGGAAGUAACACCAAUCCUUGUUGCCCAGACCCAAAGUUCAGGCCCACAGACAAGUACAACUCCUCAGGUAUUGAGCCCAACUAUUGCUGCUCCCCCUAUUGUGCUGCCUCGAAGAAGUUCACGUUUGUUCUCCAGUGAUAGCUCUACAACCAAGGAGAAUAGUAAAAAGUUAAAAAUGAAGUUUCCACCAAAAAUUGUAAACCGAAAGAAAAAAUGUAAAACCAGUAAAGGAGGGAUCACACAGCCAAACAUAAAUGACAGUUUGGAAAUUACCAAACUUGAUUCAUCCAUCAUUUCAGAAGGAAAGAUUACCUCGGUAACACCACAAAUCCAGGCAUUCACAUUACAGAAAACAGCAGCAGGUUUGAUGACCCUUCUUCGUGAUAUGGGGAAAGGAUAUUUAGCCUUGUGUUCUUACAAUUGUAAAGAAGCCAUUCAUAUACUGAGUCAUUUGCCUUCUCACCACUACAACACAGGCUGGGUGCUAUGCCAUAUUGGAAGAGCUUACUUUGAACUUGCAGAAUAUAUGCAGGCUGAGAGGAUAUUCUCUGAAGUAAGAAGGAUUGAAAACUAUAGAGUAGAAGGCAUGGAAAUCUACUCAACCACACUGUGGCAUCUGCAGAAAGAUGUAGCUCUUUCAGUCCUUUCAAAAGACUUAACUGAUAUGGAUAACAAUUCACCAGAGGCAUGGUGUGCUACAGGAAAUUGCUUCAGUUUACAAAGGGAACAUGACAUUGCUAUCAAAUUCUUCCAGAGAGCUAUUCAAGUUGAUCCAAAUUAUGUUUAUGCUUAUACUCUCCUGGGGCAUGAAUUUGUGCUGACAGAGGAACUUGAAAGAGCAUUAUCCUGUUUUAGGAAUGCAGUCAGAAUGAAUCCAAGGCACUACAAUGCUUGAGAAAUUCAGCCUUGCAGAAAUGCAUUUCCAAAAAGCACUUUAUAUUAAUCCUCAGAGUUCUGUCUUGUUGUGCCACAUUGGAAUUGUUCAGCAUGCCCUGAAGAAAUCUGAGAAGGCUUUGGAAUCACUGAACAAAGCCAUUAACAUUGAUCCCAAGAACCCCCUCUGCAAAUUCCAUAGAGCCUCAGUAUUAUUUGCAAAUGAGAAGUACAAUUAUGCUUUGCAAGAACUUGAAGAACUGAAGCAGAUUGUUCCCAAAGAGUCUCUUGUUUACUUUUUGAUAGGAAAGGUUUAUAAAAAGUUGGGGCAGACCCAUCUUGCACUGAUGAACUUUUCCUGGGCAAUGGACUUGGAUCCCAAAGGUGCCAACAACCAGAUCAAAGAGGCCAUUGACAAGCAGUACCUACCUGAUGAUGAAGAGCCUGUAACACAAAAACAACAGAUCAGUGAAUGCUGUCCAUAUGAUUCAGUUGGCACAGAUGAGUCUCAGACCAGUAGCAUGACUGACACAGAUGACACACAGCUCCAUGCAGUAGAAAGUGAUGAAUUUUAACUCCCAAGUGGAUUCUGAGUUCGGAUGUUUGACUGAC